UGAAUAAUUAAAAAAAUGUAUGUAUAUAUAUAUAUAUAGAUAUAUCAAACUUAACUAUCAAACUUGAAGGUAUUAGCCUUGUUGGGUCCAACAAAACAAUCUAUUCUCUUUGGUCCUCAAACACACCUUGAUGCAGAGUCCAUUGAGGGAGAAAAAUGGGUGGAAAUGGAAAAGCAGAAGAGGAACAAUCACUAUUACAUGAGACCUUAUCUUCAUCUGAUGACUCCACCCAGCUUCUGAAAAGAACAGGGACCACAUGGACUGCUGUGGCACAUAUUAUAACAGGGGUCAUAGGAGCUGGGGUGUUGUCACUUUCAUGGAGUGUGGCUCAGUUGGGAUGGAUUGCAGGCCCUUUGCUCAUGGUGGUAUUUGCAGCCAUAACCAUUGUUUCCACACAUCUUAUUUCUGACUGCUACAGAUACCCACAUCCUCAUUUGGGCCCUGCUCGUUGCCCUUCUUAUAUGCAAGCAGUCCAUUUGAUUUUAGGAGAGAAAUGGAAAUAUGCGUGUGGAGCGUUUGUGCAACAGAGCUUGUAUGGGUGUGGAAUUGCCUAUACCAUUACAGCAGCCAGCAGUGUCAGAGCCAUUCGGCGAUCAAACUGUUACCACGAAGGAGGGGAACAUGCUACAUGUUCGGAUGGACUUAGUCUGUACAUGUUGCUAUUUGGAGCUCUUCAGAUUGUAGUGUCACAGAUACCGGAUUUUCAUAACAUGGCAUGGCUUUCUGUUAUUGCUGCAAUCAUGUCCUUUACCUAUUCUUUUGUUGGAUUUGGACUUGGCUUUGCAAAAGUCAUAGAAAAUGGAACAAUUCAAGGGAGCAUAACAGGAGUUCCAGCCUCAAAUAUGGCCAACAAAUUAUGGUUGGCAUUUCAAGCAAUUGGGGACAUUGCUUUUGCCUAUCCAUACUCAGUAAUCCUUCUUGAGAUUCAGGAUACCUUGAAGUCUCCCCCAGCAGAACACCACACCAUGAAGAAGGCUUCACUCAUUGCAAUCUUCUCAACAACCAUUUUCUAUCUCUGCUGUGGAUGUUUUGGAUAUGCAGCAUUCGGAAACAACACACCAGGAAACCUCUUAUCAGGAUUCGAUUUCUUCGAACCUUACUGGCUCAUAGACUUUGCUAAUGCCUGCAUUGUUCUACACUUGGUGGGAGGAUAUCAGAUAUACAGUCAGCCAGCAUUCGCAGCAGUCGAAAGGUGGUAUAGCAGAAAAUAUCCAAACAGUGGAUUUGUGAAUAGUUUCUACUGUUUGAAGGUGCCAUUUCUGCCUACACUUCAACUAAAUUCUUUCAGACUAUGCUUUCGAACCACGUAUGUAGUGUCUACAACUGGAAUCGCCAUGUUGUUUCCUUAUUUCAAUGAAGUUUUGGGAGUGUCAGGGGCCCUGAGUUUUUGGCCUAUGGCUGUAUAUUUCCCAGUGGAAAUGUACUUUGUGCAAAACAACAUUUUGCCUUGGACAAGAAAAUGGCUUGUUCUGAGGAGUUUUAGCUUUGUUUGCUUUCUUGUGACAGUUGUUGGGGUCAUUGGUUCACUUCAAGGACUUAUAAGUGCUAAGUUUAGUUAAGUAAAACUAUUCUAGUAUUGUAUUGUAAUAUAGUGUAAAGUGUAUAUAAACCAAAUGGCUCCUUCUGUAAUAUAGUGUAAAGUGUAUAAAACUAUUCUUGUAUUGUAUUGUAAUAUAGUGUAAAGUGUAUAUAAACCAAAUGGUUCCUUCUGUAAACUAGGGACUUCAAAUUCAUGAGGCAAUGGGCACCACUAGCAUUAAGUUUCA